AUGAAGAACGGCAUCAUAAUAUUCUUUUAUGUUGACGACAUUGUCCUCGCAUACCAAAAAGGCAAGGAGAACGAAAUGAAGUAUCUAACAGACCAACUACAGCAAAAAUAUCAACUCACCGGAGGGAACCCUUUGCAAUGGUUCCUAGGAAUUGAAGUAAUCCGAGACAGAGAUAAAAGAUUGAUCUGGCUCUCUCAGUCUGCGUAUAUAGACAAGAUUGCUAAUCUGGCAAUACAAAACCCAGAUCGGUGGCCAAACGUACCCAUGUCUGGACCAGAGCUACUACCAUAUGAGGAAAGAGCAUCAAUUGCAUCGAUUCGCAAAUACCAGAAGAAGAUCGGAUCAAUCCUGUACGCGGCAGUAGUUACCCGGCCGGACAUCGCAUUCGCUGUGUCAAGACUAGCAAGGUUCAACAUGAAUCCUUCCUACGAACAUCAUGCAGCUGCGGACAAGGUCAUCCAUUAUCUCAAGAGAACCAGAUCUCUGGCCUUACAGCUCGGGGGAGGAGACGAAUUUUUAGUCGCAAGCGACGCCUCCUUCGCGGAUAACUCCGUAGACCGCAAAAGCUCGCAAGGUUACGUAAUGCAGUUGUUUGGCGGAACUAUUGGGUGGCGAGCAAAUAAACAAGAUACAGUUACUACAUCGACGACUGAAGCUGAGCUCCUCGCAUUGUCGCAGGCAACGAAGGAGUCGAUAUUCAUAUCUCGCCUUUUCGAAGAGAUCGGAAUACGUCUAGACAAUAAGACUAUACGAAUUCAGUGUGACAACCGGCAAACGAUCAAGUUGGUCAACAAAGAAGUCGGACCGCUGCAAACUAAACUCCGCCAUGUCAACAUUCACGAUCACUGGUUACGUCAGGAAACUGAAAGAAGAACGAUUUCAGUAAACUACGUACCCACUGCAGAGAUGGUAGCAGAUGGCCUCACCAAAGCCCUCGGCAGCCAACCAUUCAAUGCCUUCGUCGAACGACUUGGUCUGGUGGAUAUUGAAUACCGACUAAAGCAACGCAAACUAGAAGAACUGGACACUGAGGUUCUACAGAAGUUUGAACAGCUGGAUCUAUUGGUUGGUGGCCACGGCCGAUUGGCCAACUGCAUUGGCCAACCGGUUGGAAGAGUUGGUUGGAAGGACACCUUGUGGGUAAUGGAUGCCUUUGAAGCAAAGAGGGAGAAACUGAAGAAUGACUUGCGAGAGGCACGUAGUGGCAUCUCAAUAUCGUUUGACCGAUGGACGUCACCGAAAUACUUGGCAAUCCUUGGUGUUGUUGCCCAUUUCAUUGACAAGAACGGCGAGCGGCGUUCUGCUGUUCUGGGCCUUCGCGAGCUGAUGGGAGAGUACUCAGGCGAAAACAUGGCGGAGGUUCUGCUUCAGAUAUUCAAGGAUUACAAGAUUAGCGGACGGAUUGGCUAA